GUUUGGGAAAGGAGCCCGAAGGGGGCGGGACAGAACAGCGAGAAACCAGCCAGCCUGUCAUGGCGCGAGUGUCGGUCUUGGGAGUUUCGCUGCUGGAGAACCCGAGCCCGUUUGAUCACCCGCUCCGCUUCCAGGUGCAGUUCGAGUGCGGAGAGGCGUUGCCCCACGAUUUGGAAUGGAAGAUCAUCUAUGUGGGAUCUGCAGAGAGUGAGGAAUAUGAUCAAAUACUUGAUUCUGUUCUGGUAGGACCUGUUCCAGCUGGGAGACAUAUGUUUGUGUUCGAAGCAAAUAGUCCCAACCCCGAUCUAAUCCCUGAAAGUGAUGCUGUGGGAGUUACAGUAAUACUCAUUACUUGCACCUACCUUUGUCAGGAGUUUAUCCGCAUUGGGUAUUAUGUGAAUAAUGAAUAUAUAAAUCCUGAAUUAAGGGAGAACCCGCCUCUCAAGCCAGACUUUUCCCAGUUGCAGAGGAAUAUUCUGGCCUCCAAUCCCCGAGUCACCCGUUUCCACAUCAAUUGGGAUGGUCCUAAAGAUCAGAUGGACAAUAUUGAAAAUGUAGAGCCAGAGCCUGAUGAUUUCCUAUCUUCUAACUGUGCCUACAUCAAAGGAUUGAUCCCUUCUGUAGGCUUGCAACCUGAAAAUUCAAUGGACUGUAUGUAAAACAGGCAGAAGAAUUUAAAGAUGCAGAAAAUUGCAACUAAAUGAAUUAUUUGAAAAAUCUGAAGAGAUAUGGAUUCUUAUGGCCAGUAAAGCAAUGGGAGUCCUAACUGUUACAUCUAUGUAGACAAACAUAUCAGAGCUCUUUUCAUAUCUGGAUUUAUAACAAAUGUGUCUUCCUGAUUAUAGAUCUGUAAUUCUGUCAUGUUAUUUCUUGAAUGAAACUUGUGCUGACUGCUUAUGAACACUUAGUUGACACAGAAAAAUCUUGUGCCAUAAUUCCUGAAGGCUCAGAACAGUUGGAAUUAACUUAUUAUUCUGAUCAUCCAUUUCUAAAAAGUUGGCACAGCAAGCACUCUUUUCUGAACAAUUUGAAUUUCUCUCUCUUUUUUUUGUUAGUACAGAGAGCUGACUAUUGAGGACAUGUUUUUAAUAAAUGACCAGAUACAUCAUAGCUGUUAUUUGGUUGUUCCUGUUUUAUAACCAUUUUCUCCUUGGCUUCAAAGAUACUUGCCUUGCAUCAAAGAUUAGGAAAGUUUAGUUUUAGAGGAAAAGUCUGCUGGUUAUAUAGAGUAGCUGUCAUAAUGCUGCUUUUGAGUGUGUUCUAGGAUGCCACAACAAUUUACUAGUAACCUCAAAAUGACUAUUCCAAUGUCUGAGUAGCAAAAAUAGGUCAGUGCUGAACUUAUGUAUCUCCUUGUAUGCAUCUUCAUUUAUGGUCUUAUAAUUACUGCACUCUAAAAUGCUAUUUACAGUUUAUACAGACACUUGUCAUUAUUAGAUACUUAUCCUAUCAAAAAGGAAAUCACAUCCUAAGAAGUACAAACAGUUAUGCAGGCACUUACCAUACUACCGUACACUACUAUUUGCACCUCUUAGGUUGGAGUUUCCUUUUUGAUAGGACAACUUUGUAUUUGUUGUUUUUUACAUGGCUUACUUGCUUUCAGGGAUUACAUUCUUUAGUAUUUGACUAUUUACCUGAUAUAUGAUAAACCUAUCCUGCACAGGAGUCUUUUAUGGAAAGGAUUUUCAAUAAAAAAAAAUGUGUAAAAACUAAAUAA